UCUGUCCCCCAGGCUAGAGUGCAGUGGCGCGAUCUCGGCUCACUGCAAGCUCCGCCUCCGGGGGUUCACGCCAUUCUCCUGCCUCAGCCUCCCGAGUAGCUGGGACUACAGGCGCCCGCCAACACGCCCGGCUAAUUUUUUGUAUUUUUAGUAGAGACGGGGUUUCACCGUGUUAGCCAGGAUGGUCUCGAUCUCCUGACCUCGUGAUCCGCCCGCCUCGGCCUCCCAAAGUGCUGGGAUUACAGGCUUGAGCCACCGCGCCCGGCUCAAAGGAUCAUUAAUGCAACUAAGAACAACUAUAUGCCAAUAAAUUGGAAAACCUAGAAGAAGUUGAUAAAUUCCUAGGCAGAUAGAACAUAGCAACAUUGAACCAUGAAGAAAUAAAAAACCUGAACAGACCAAUAACAAAUAACGAGAUCAAAGCCAUAAUAAAGUCUCCUAGCAAAGAAAACCCCAGAACCCAGUGGCUUCAGUGCUGAAUUCUACCAUUUAAAAAAGAACUAAUACCAAUCCUACUCAAACUAUUCCAAAACACAGAGGAGAAGGCAAUACUUCCAAACUUAUUUUACAAAGCCAGUAUUACUUUGACACCAAAACCAGACAAAGACAUGUCAGCAAAAGAAAACUAUAGGCCAGUGUCACUGAUGAAUAUUGAUGCAAAAAUCCUCAACUCAAUACUAGCAAACUGAAUUUAACAAUACACCAGGCUGGGUGCGGUGGCUCACGCUUGUAAUCCCAGCACUUUGGGAGGCAGAAGCGGGCAGAUCACGAGGUCAGGAGAUUGAGACCACGGUAAAACCCCGUCUCUACUAAAAAUACAAAAAAUUAGCCGGGUGUGGUGGCAGGCGCCUGUAGUCCCAGCUACUUGGAGAGGCUGAGGCAGGAGAAUGGCGUGAACCUGGGAGGCGGAGCUUGCAGUGAGCUGAGAUUGCGCCACUGCAUUCCAGCCUGGGUGACAGAGGGAGACUCCGUCUCAAAAAACAAACAAACAAACAAACAAACAAACAAAAAUACACCAAAAAGAUCAUUCAUCAUGACCAAGUAGGAUUUAUCCCUGGGAUGCAAGGAUGGUUCAAUAUAUGCAAAUCAAUCAAUGUGAUGUAUCAUUUCAACAGAAUAAGGGGCAAACACCAUAUAAUCAUUUCAAUAUGUACUGAAAAAGCUUGUGAUGAUAUUUGACAUCGCUUCAUGGUAAAAACCCUAAAAAAAAAACUGGGUAUAGAAGGAGCAUACCUUAACAUAAUAAAAGCCAUAUAUGGCAGACCCACAGCUAGUAUGACAAUGAAUGAGGAAAAACUGAAAGCCUUUCCUGUAAGAUCUGGAACACGAUAAGAAUGCCCACUUUCACCACUGUUGUUCAACACAGUACUUGAAGUCCCAGCUACAGCAAUAAGACAAAAAAAAAAAAAAAAAAAAAGAAGAAAUAAAGGGCAUCCAUAUUGGGAAGGAAGAAGUCAAAUUAUCCUUGUUUGCAUAUAAUAUGAUCUUAUAUGUGGAAAUACAUAAAGACUCCACCAAAAAAGUAUUAGAACUGAGAAAUAAAUUCAGUAAAGUUGCAGGAUACAAUAUCAACAUACAAAAAUCAAUAACAUUUUUCUAUGCCAACAGUGAACAAUCUGAAGCUACUUGAGAGGCUGAGGCAGGAGGAUUGCUUGAGCUUGGGAGGUAGAGGUUGCAGUGAGCCAUGAUGGCCCCACUGCACUCCAGCCUAGGCAACAGAGCAAGACCCGUCUCAAACAACCAAAAACGUGUAGAAGGAUGGUUACCAGAGGCUGGGAAAAGUAGUAGCGAGGAGUAGGUAUGGGGGAAGUGGGGAUGGUUAAUAGGUAUAAAAAGUAGUUAUAAAGAAUGAAUAAGACCUAGUAUUUGCUAGCACGACAGAGUGACUAUAGUAAAAAAUAAUUUAAUUGUACAUUUAAAAACUGUGAAAAUUUUCAUUGAAAAAGAGUAUAAUUGGAGCCGGGCGCGGUGGCUCACACCUCUAAUCCCAGAACUUUGGAGGCCAAGGUGGGCGGAUCACGAGGUCAGGAGUUUGAGCCCAGGCUGGCCAACAUGGUGAAACCCAGCCUCUACUAAAAAAUACAAAAAUUAGCCAGGUGUGGUGGUGCACGCCUGUAAUCCUAGCUACUCAGGAGGCUGAGGCAGGAGAAUUGCUUGAAUCCACCCAGGAGGCGGAGGUUGCAGUGAGCCUCCCACCAUUGCACUCUAGCCUGAGCGACAGAGCAAGACUCCCUCUCUCUCGAAAAAAACAACAAAAAAAGUCUAGUUGGUUUGUCAGUCCGUGUCCAGGAGGAAGAAGCAGGAGGUCCUAUUGAGUACAGGCAGGAAAUUCCGCUUAAGCGCAAAUAUCCCCCGGGAGGAUUCACAUCAAAGUGCAGGGAGGAAGCCCGCCCUGCCAAGGGCUGUGUCAGGAACUUGCUCAUCCAGCUCCACUCAGCUGUGCAAGAUCUCGUCUUCUGUCAAUCAGUCCCCAGGGGGCGCGGCCUGACGCCCUAUCCAAUCAGGGCCGUGGGGCGGGUUCGUGGGAACUGUCAAUCAGGCGCGCUGCCCAGAGGAGUGUGUGGUUGAAAAAGCCCGCGGCGUCUUCUCCACCCACCUGCGCUCGGCGCUCGGCUCUGUAGCUGAGAGACGACCUGGAAGUUCUGUGGCAGCCUUUGUCCCGCUGGAACCCGCAUUGGCAGCUGGAGCCGUCGGGAGGACCUGGGACACCGCGGAAGUCGGGAAAUGGGUGGAGAUUUUGGGACAAUGGAGAAAUCUAUUCUAUUCCUGUUAUAUGGGUUUGACAGAUGAAUGCUAAAUUCUGUGGGACAGGACUUUCCAACAGCUAAAGAAGCCUCAGUGGCUUUAGAGGACGUGGCUGUGAACUUCACCCGAGAAGAGUGGGCUUUGCUGGGUCCUUGUCAGAAGAAUCUCUACAAAGAUGUGAUGCAGGAAACCAUCAGGAACCUGGAUUGUGUAGGAAUGAAAUGGAAAGACCAGAACAUUGAAGAUCAAUACAGAUAUCCCAGGAAAAAUCUAAGAUGUCAUAUGUUAGAGAGAUUUGUUGAAAGUAAAGAUGGAAGUCAAUGUGGAGAAACAUCUAGCCAGAUUCAAGAUAGUAUUGUGACCAAGAACACUCUUCCUGGAGUAGGCCCAUGUGAAAGCAGUAUGAGUGGAGAAAUCAUCAUGGGUCAUUCAUCCCUUAAUUGUUACAUCAGAGUUGGUGCUGGGCACAAACCACAUGAGUAUCGUGAAUGUGGAGAGAAGCCAGAUACGUAUAAACAAUGUGGGAAAGCCUUCAGUUACCACAACUCAUUUCAAACACAUGAAAGGCUUCACACUGGAAAGAAACCAUAUGAUUGUAAAGAAUGUGGGAAGUCCUUCAGUUCUUUGGGAAACCUUCAAAGACACAUGGCGGUACAGCGUGGAGAUGGACCUUAUAAAUGUAAGUUGUGUGGGAAAGCAUUUUUUUGGCCCAGUUUAUUACAUAUGCAUGAAAGAACUCACACUGGAGAGAAACCAUAUGAAUGUAAGCAGUGUUCUAAAGCCUUUCGUUUUUACAGUUCCUAUCUAAGACAUGAAAGAACACAUACUGGGGAGAAACCGUAUGAAUGUAAGCAGUGUUCUAAAGCCUUCCCUGAUUACAGUUCUUGUCUAAGACAUGAAAGAACUCACACUGGAGAGAAACCCUAUACAUGUAAACAAUGUGGGAAAGCCUUCAGUGCUUCCACUUCCCUUCGAAGACACGAAACAACUCACACUGAAGAGAAACCCUAUGCGUGUCAGCAAUGUGGGAAAGCAUUUCAUCAUCUGGGAAGCUUUCAAAGACACAUGGUAACGCACACGAGAGAUGGACCUCAUAAAUGUAAGAUAUGUGGAAAAGGCUUUGAUUGUCCUAGUUCACUGCAAAGUCAUGAAAGAACUCACACUGGAGAGAAACUCUAUGAAUGCAAGCAGUGUGGGAAAGCGUUAUCUCAUAGCUCAAGCUUUCGAAGACACAUGACAAUGCACACUGGAGAUGGACCUCACAAAUGCAAGAUAUGUGGGAAAGCCUUUGUUUAUCCCAGUGUAUUUCAAAGACAUGAAAGGACUCACACUGCAGAGAAACCCUAUAAAUGUAAACAGUGUGGCAAAGCCUACCGUAUUUCCAGUUCCCUUCGAAGGCAUGAAACAACUCAUACUGGAGAGAAACCCUACAAAUGCAAAUGUGGGAAAGCCUUUAUUGAUUUCUAUUCCUUUCAAAAUCACAAAACAACUCAUGCUGGAGAGAAGCCAUAUGAGUGUAAGGAAUGUGGGAAAGCAUUCAGUUGUUUCCAAUACCUUUCUCAACAUAGAAGGGCUCACACAGGAGAGAAACCUUAUGAGUGUGAAACAUGUAAGAAAGCCUUCAGUCAUUUUGGUAACUUAAAAGUACAUGAAAGAAUUCACUCUGGAGAGAAGCCCUAUGAAUGUAAGGAAUGUGGGAAAGCGUUCUCUUGGCUCACUUGCUUUCUACGACAUGAAAGAAUUCACAUGAGAGAGAAAUCCUAUGAAUGUCAACAAUGUGGUAAAGCCUUCACCCAUUCCCGUUUCCUUCAAGGACAUGAAAAAACUCAUACCGGAGAGAACCCGUAUGAAUGUAAGGAAUGUGGGAAAGCAUUUGCUUCUCUCAGUUCCUUGCAUAGACAUAAAAAGACUCACUAGCAUUCUCUCUAAAUGUAUGGAAUGUGGGAAAGCAUUUAUUAAUUUUAUUUCAUUUCAGAAACGUAAGAAACACAUUGGAGAUAAACCCUGUGAAUGUAAGCACUUGGUAAAGCCUUAAGUAAUUUCAGUUUCUUUCCAGUACAGUCAUCUCUUGAUACAUGCUGGGUAUUGAUUCCAGCACUCUGUGAGCCAUGUCAAGUCCCUUUUAUAAAAUGACAUAUUUGUAUGUAACCUACCCAUAUCCUCUUGUAUAUUCUCAAUUAUGUCUAGAUUACUUAAAAUACCUCAUGCAUUGUAAAAGCUAUGCAGAUAGUUGUUCUGUUGUAUUGUUUGGGGAAUCAUGAUAAGGAAAAGAGUCUAUGUAUUUUCAGUAUAGAUGCAGUAAUUGUGAGCCUAUCAACAUAGUAUAUGUCAGCCAGAACAUUAAAGUUUCUUUGUUUCAGCUGUCA